GAUAUAACUGUUUAGUAAGCAGAUGUGUACUUUGUCAAAUUAUCAGUUAAAUGAGAAAAUAAAAAUAGUUUUAACCUACAACGUUCACCACAACAAAAAUAGGAAUCAUUAGAUUUUAAUAUGAUUUUUUCAAACAUUGAAUCAGCACGACCUUCUGAACAGUUCCAGAGUGAUCAAUCAGAGCCAGAACAAAUAGACCUAUCCACAACUUAUCAGCAACAUUCACUGAUAACACCACUCCAAUCUACAUUUGCACCAGUUCGAUCGACCAAGCAACAUCUUGAAGAGCUUGAACAGUAUCUGCCCGGCAUGAUGCCAGUAAUGGUCAUGCAAGAAACACAACAACAUUCGUCAAACCAUGGUCUAGGAGAAGCAACACAGGACACCGCUGUAAGACAGAAACAGGAAGAUACAACCCCAAUAGAAACUGAUGACACAUCGCUAUCAUCAUCUUCAGAAUACAUCAAUUACCUAACUUCGGUAUAUCAAGGAGGGCUGUCAACUGGAAUGAAACCAAUCUAUGAGAGUGUUGAUAACCUCGCCAUGCCCUCAACUAGUGGAUUGGGUUCUGCACAAAGCAGAACUGAUGCAGCUCCAGACGAGAGAGAACGAAUUCCUGAACAUCGCAAACGCAUUCACAGCGACGACGAUGAUAAUGAUGACGAUGACGACGACGAUGAUGAUGAUGACGACGAUGAUGGCGAUGAUGAUGAUGAUGACGAUGAUGAUGAUGAUGAUGGUGAUAGAGUCGAUGAGAGCCUGGAACAACCUCCUAGAAAACGACGAGCUAAGACGGAUCGUCAACCUACCUCACCUUAGGAUCCUUCGGAUAAAAUGCAAUCGCAUUAUUAAAUAACAUCCAGAGAUUGAUUUGACGAUAGCGAGAAUUUAUCUUACACACACUGAUGGAAUUUUUAAUUUCUUGCCAUUCUACCUCAAAACAGCUGUCACAUAUAAGUGCAAUCCUAAUUUACUAUGCAAUCUCGUACAAGUACUUUACUGUUAUCAAUUAUGUAUUACAAGUCAUCAGGGUUUUUUUCUUUCUAUUGUCCCAUGUUUUGAUGAACUUGCUGUUUGUGUAAAAUUGAUAUAGUUCUCAUGAUGUCUUGCUUUAUUUUGUAAUAAAAAAUGCUGCAUUCAUCUGUAUUACCUCUUUGAUCUAUGCAAUUUUCACAUGUUCUAUAUAUGUUGGUUACAUUAUGUCACUCUUUAUUUGUAAAUAGAUGGAUAUAUGUAGAUAUCAUACUAACUGAUUAUGAAGUAUAACACAUGUAAUGUUUAAUGUUUGCUUUAGGCCAUGGACCUAUUGGCAUUUUUUUUGCUAUUGCACGAAAUCCUCUGGCAAUACAUUAAUCAACAUGUGCCUCAAUAUAAACCAGAUGUAAACAAUGUUUACUUGUUAUGAAGAAAUUUGAAUGUCAUAUUUUUUAUAACGUUAGCUAGCCCGGCUAAAGUCGGCGUAAUGAUAAUUUAUACAGCGCUGAGAACCAUAAACGCUGUAUACAUACUAUAAUAUGAUACUGUUUUACAGCUUAGGCCUGUACAUCGAAGCGCUCUGUAAAUGUUACCACACCUGUAUUAUCGAUAUUGUAAAUACCGUUUUUACAGCUGACCAAAAAUGCCUGUUCACCUCUAACUAAGAAAUGAAACAUUUCAUUCACCCAUUCCAAGGCUUAGA